AUGACUGAGCCAACUCUCUCACCCGAUCCGCAUGCCGCGCAAACCAUCCUCGCUCAAGACCAGGCCCAAGAGAAGAAGACCGUCCAUGCUCGCACAACAGAGGCGGAGACCGAUCCAUACAAUGUUGCAUGGAAUGGACAUGGCGAUGUGUCAAAUCCCAAAAACUGGUCCGCACGGUCGCGAUGGGUUCAGUUGACCAUCCUUGGCUUGUUGAACUUUGUCACAUGCUUGUCCUCCUCUAUGCUCGCACCAGCCCUCUCAAGUUUGGUGUCUGAUCUCGACACUCACAACUCUGCGUUAACCUCGCUAUCGCUGUCGAUAUAUGUUGUAGGCUUUGCCUUGGGACCACUCAUCACUGCACCACUAUCAGAAAUGUACGGAAGAAUCAUUGUGUACCAUAUUUCCAGCCUCUUAUUCCUCGCCUUCACCUCCGCCUCCGCCGCGAGUAGUAAUAUUGGCAUGUUUAUCGCCUUCCGCUUUUUCUCUGGCUGCGUAGGAAUUACACCUGCCGCUUUGCUUGGCGGGUCUAUCGGUGAUCUCAUGCCACCCUCGAGUAUGGGUAAAGCGACUGGAAGUAUAGCUAUAGGAUCUUUGAUCGCACCUCUUAUCGCCCCCGUGAUUGGAGGCUAUUUGAGUGAGUACGCAGGAUGGAGAUGGGUCUUGUGGCUGAACACCAUUCUGUAUGGAGCAAUUGCUGUCCCAUCACUGUUCAUUCUUCGAGAAACUUACGCGCCGAUUUUACUGUCGCGCAAGGCAAGACGUCUGCGUAGAGAGACGGGAGAUUCGCGAUACAGAUACUGCUUAGACUCCAACACAAGUCGGACACCAGCUUUCAAGGAAGCUUUAGUACGCCCACUACAGUUUCUAGUCACGUCCCCAAUUGUCUUUAUAUUAUCGUGGGAGGUAGCUAUCGUAUAUGGAGUUCAAUAUCUCGUUUUCACCACCCUGGCACUGGUAUUUGAGCAGCGAUACCAAUUUUCAGCGGGCUCAGCGGGUCUCACCUAUCUCGGUGACGGAAUCGGUGCGAUUGCUGGAGUCUUCGCAACCGCCAUGGCAAUGGACAAAAUAGCAAAGAAAAAAGCCAGCAUAGACACACAAUCUGCCCCGGAGAAAGUGCUCUGGCUGCUUAUCCCGGCCGGCAUUCUUGUCCCGGCCGGGUUGUUCUGGUAUGGGUGGUCGGUGGAAGCGAAAAGUUUCUGGCUUGUGCCACUGAUCGGUCUUGGUGUGUUUGGUUUUGCCAUUAUGGCUGUUUUCAUGCCUGUCCAAGUAUAUCUGAUCCGUGCCUUUGACCACCACUCAACAUCCGCAUUGGCGGCCAACAACUUGUUGCGCAGCAUUCUUGGCGCUGUCCUACCGCUUGCUGGUUUGGACAUGUAUGCGACGCUGGGAUAUGGUUGGGGCAACAGCCUGUUGGCAUUCGUCUCGCUGGCCACGAUUCCUCUUACGAUACUACUGGUAUAUCGGGGUGGCAACAUGAGAGAGAAGGAUCAUAAUAUACCCAAGAUUCGUUCAUAG